GAGUCUCUCUCCCCCGUGGUCAGCUGGGUCUGAUCUGGCAUGGGGUGUUGCCAGCAUACCUGUGCACAGCCAGGGUUCUCUGAGCAGGGGGGAAGACUGGACCUUCCACAGGUGUGGAAGCUCACUUCAAUGGAUCUGAGUGCAGAAUCAAGCCUUGGGCAAUGUCCUAUUUUGUUUGAAUGGGUCUUUCAGGCGGGAAGAGAGUGGAAGAAGACAUUUAGCAUGCACUUUUCCAUUUUGCACUGCAUCACUGGAUAGAAGGGCUUUCAAAAAGCAGAUGGAUGUAAAGACUGACAAUCAGAUGUCUUCCUACAACCAGCCUGAAGUCAGCAGGCGCCGGCCCCGCGAUGCCGCUGACGGCGAGCCUGGCGCUGGCCAGCAAGAACUACGACUACGACUACGACUCGGUGCAGCCCUACUUCUACUUCGAGGAGGAGGAGGAGAACUUCUACCUGGCGGCGCAGCAGCGGGGCAGCGAGCUGCAGCCGCCCGCGCCGUCCGAGGACAUCUGGAAGAAGUUCGAGCUGCUGCCCACGCCGCCGCUGUCGCCCAGCCGCCGUGCCGCCGCCUUCCCGUCCACCGCCGACCGGCUCGAGAUGGUCACGGAGCUGCUGGGCGGCGACGCCGUGAACCAGAGCUUCAUCUGCGGGCCGGACGACGAGGCCUUCGCCAAGUCCAUCAUCAUCCAGGACUGCAUGUGGAGCGGCUUCUCGGCCGCCGCCAAGCUGGAGAAGGUGGUGUCCGAGAAGCUGGCAUCGUACCGGGCGGCGCGCAGGGACGGGGGCCCCCAUGCCUCCGCCGCCUCCACCGCCGCCCUGCCCCGGCCCGGAGCCCCCGCGCCGCCCGCCGCGCCCGCCAGCCCCGCCGCCUCGGCCAGCGCCUACCUGCACGACCUGGGCGCCGCCGCCGCCGACUGCAUCGACCCGUCCGUCGUCUUCCCCUACCCGCUGGGCGAGCGCUCCCCCCGCGCCGGCCCGCGCGCCGCCAGCCCCGCGCCCGGCCCCGGCCCCGGCGCCGGCACGGCCCCCGCGCUCCCGGACGACACCCCGCCCAGCACCAGCAGCGACUCCGAAGAAGAACAAGAGGAAGAUGAGGAGGAAAUUGAUGUGGUCACGCUAGUAGAGGUGAAUGGAGUUGAAUCCGGCACAGAGUCUAGUACAGACUCUAGCGGAGAGUCCAGCACAGAUUCCAUAGACGGACACAGCAAGCCACACCACAGCCCGCUAGUUCUCAAGCGGUGUCAUGUCCCCAUCCACCAGCACAAUUACGCUGCUCCUCCUUCCACCAAGGUUGAAUAUCCGUCAGCAAAGAGGUUAAAAUUGGACAAUGGCAGAAUUCUCAAACAGAUCAGUAACAACAGAAAGUGCUCAAGUCCCCGCACAUCAGACUCGGAAGAGAACGACAAGAGGCGAACACACAACGUCUUGGAGCGCCAAAGGAGAAACGAGCUGAAGUUGAGCUUCUUUGCUUUGCGCGACGAGAUACCUGAGGUAGCCAACAAUGAAAAGGCACCCAAAGUCGUCAUCCUUAAAAAGGCAACGGAAUAUGUUAUUUCUAUUCAAACAGAUGAACACAGACUGAUUGCAGAGAAAGAGCAGUUGAGGAGGCGGCGAGAUCAAUUGAAACAUAAACUUGAGCAGCUAAGGAACUCUUGUGCAUAGAAACUCUUGGGUAUAGACUUGAGUAACCCAAACCAGACUGAAAUAUGAUAAAAUAUUAAUGUUUCUAAUCUUACUCAUGAACUAUACCAGUUCCGAAAGGAGCUCUUGCAAUUGCAUGCUGUGCAAAAUGACUUGCAACUACACAACCUUGGCUUCAUCUCUCAUGAGCUGAGCCAUAACCUCAACUGCCUCAUAACCAAUACUUUGGGUGUCAGACAAACCAUACAUUCUUCAUGAUGGGGGGAAACUUUUCAACUUUUUCUUUUAAAGUUUUUGUAUUUAAGACAUUUUUCUUCUUGAAAGAAUUCCAAGAAGUUGUCCCCCAACUUGCUGUAUAUAUUUACACUUAUUAACAUGUAAAUACUUGUAAUAAAAAUCUUUAUAGAAAAGUGCGACAUUUAAUACUCAGCAGUUGUGGCAACUGGAUUUAUACUUGUUUUGAUCUUCUGUGCCAUAACAUUUCACAAUUUUGUGGGGUUUUUUUAAUUUAAAUACUUUUUUCUUUUAAAAAAUGAUUUUUAUUUUGUUUUUAGAUAAUAAAUAAAUAAAUAUUUGCCCAAAAUAUAAUUAGCUAA